ACGGUGCAGUUGGUCAUGAGGAACGGGAGUGAGGGUCAGGACCUAUGUGGAGUCAGAGGGGUCAAGAAGACAGACCGUCUAACAGGACCACAAAGAGACUGUCUGAAUGGAACUGGACUGUGGCUAGACUGUGAGACCGCACUGCGAACACAGAGUGGCUGUGAGACCGCACUACGACCACAGAGUGACUGUGAGACCGCACUACGACCCCAGAGUGGCUGUGAGACUGCACUACGACCCCAGAGUGGCUGUGAGACCGCACUACGACCACAGAGUGACUGUGAGACCGCACUGCAAACUCAGAGUGGCUGUGAGACCGCACUACGACCACAGAGUGACUGUGAGACCGCACUGCGAACACAGAGUGACUGUGAGACCGCACUACGACCACAGAGUGACUGUGAGACCGCACUACGACCCCAGAGUGGCUGUGAGACUGCACUACGACCCCAGAGUGGCUGUGAGACCACACUACGACCCCAGAGUGACUGUGAGACCGCACUACGACCACAGAGUGACUGUGAGACUGCACUACGACCACAGAGUGACUGUGAGACUGCACUACGACCCCAGAGUGGCUGUGAGACUGCACUACGACCCCAGAGUGGCUGUGAGACUGCACUACGACCCCAGAGUGGCUGUGAGACUGCACUACGACCCCAGAGUGGAUGUGAGACUGCACUACGACCCCAGAGUGGCUGUGAGACUGCACUACGACCCCAGAGUGGCUGUGAGACUGCACUACGACCCCAGAGUGGCUGUGAGACUGCACUACGACCACAGAGUGACUGUGAGACCGCACUACGAACACAGAGUGGCUGUGAGACCGCACUGCGAACACAGAGUGGCUGUGAGACCACACUACGACCACAGAGUGACUGUGAGACCGCACUACGACUCCAGAGUGACUGUGAGACCGCACUGCGAACACAGAGUGGCUGUGAGACUGCAGUAGUACCCCAGAGUGGCUGUGAGACUGCAGUAGUACCCCAGAGUGGCUGUGAGACUGCAGUAGUACCCCAGAGUGGCUGUGAGACUGCAGUAGUACCCCAGAGUGGCUGUGAGACCACACUACGACCACAGAGUGGCUGUGAGACCGCACUGCGAACACAGAGUGACUGUGAGACCUCACUACGACCACAGAGUUACUGUGAGACUGCAGUACGACCCCAGAGUGACUGUGAGACCGCACUGCGAACACAGAGUGGCUGUGAGACCGCAGUGCAACUCCAGAGUGACUGCGAGACCGCGGUACAACCCCAGAGUGACUGCGAGACCGCAGUACGACCCCAGAGUGACUGCGAGACCGCAGUAGUACCCCAGAGUGACUGUGAGAGCGCAGUGCAACCCCAGAGUGACUGGGAGACUGUAGUAAAACCCCAGAGUGACUGCGAGACCGCAGUACAACCCCAGAGUGACUGGGAGACUGUAGUACAACCCCAGAGUGACUGCGAGACCGCAGUACAACCCCAGAGUGACUGCGAGACCGUAGUACAACCCCAGAGUGACUGCGAGACCGCAGUACAACCCCAGAGUGACUGCGAGACCGCAGUAGUACCCCAGAGUGACUGCGAGACCGCAGUAGUACCCCAGAGUGACUGCGAGACCGCAGAAGUACCCCAGAGUGACUGCGAGACCGCAGUAGUACCCCAGAGUGACUGCGAGACCGCAGUACAACCCCAGAGUGACUGGGAGACCGCAGUACAACCCCAGAGUGACUGCGAGACCGUAGUACAACCCCAGAGUGACUGCGAGACUGCAGUACAACCCCAGAGUGACUGUGAGACCGCAGUAGUACCCCAGAGUGACUGCGAGACCGCAGUAGUACCUCAGAGUGACUGCGAGACCGCAGUAGUACCCCAGAGUGACUGCGAGACCUCAGUACAACCCCAGAGUGACUGCGAGACCACAGUACAACCCCAGAGUGACUGCGAGACCACAGUACAACCCCAGAGUGACUGCGAGACCACAGUACAACCCCAGAGUGACUGCGAAACCGUAAAAUGACUGUGUCAGCACACACAGACGCGACCUGCUCACACACAGACGCUCCUGAGCUGCGUACAGCGACACGCCUGUUAAUGAGGAGUCCGGUGUGACGUCCCCGUCCUGUGAUCCGGACAUGUCGACGACAUCAGAGGAAUAUUAUGAGUGCAGGGACUCUGUACUCCCUGAGUCUGUCUGUGAUCUACUGGCCAACGAGCUAUACUGGAGACCUGAGGAGAAAGAGACCCCACACCCUGAGUCUGUCUGUGAUCUACUGGCCAACGAGCUAUACUGGAGACCUGAGGAGAAAGAGACCCCACACCCUGAGUCUGUCUGUGAUCUACUGGCCAACGAGCUAUACUGGAGACCUGAGGAGAAAGAGACCCCACACCCUGAGUCUGUCUGUGAUCUACUGGCCAACGAGCUAUACUGGAGACCUGAGGAGAAAGAGACCCCACACACUACACACCCAACUAUAGAUAAUAAACAUAGUAUAGAUACUAAACAAACGGCAGUUAGCUUGGAGAAAAAAGAGGCUAAUAAUCAGCUAGCACAACAGGCUAACACUCAGCUAGCACAACAGGCUAACACUCAGCCAGCACAACAGGCUAACACUCAGCCAGCACAACAGGCUAAUACUCGGCUAUGUACAACAGGCUAACACUCAGCUAGCGCAACAGGAAAACACUCAGAUAGAGCAACAGGCUAACACUCAGCUAGCACAACAGGCUAACACUCAGCUAGCACAACAGGCUAACACUCAGCCAGCACAACAGGCUAACACUCAGCUAUGUACAACAGGCUAACACUCAGCUUGUGCAACAGGCUAACACUCAACUAGCACAACAGGCUAACUCUCAACUAGCACAACAGGCUAACACACAGACAUUUGACACCUCGCCCUCAACCCCACCACACGCCUUCCCCCAGCUCCACACCCAGAGAGACAGAGCUACAGUCCUGCACUGAAAGAGACAGACCAGAAGAACAGCUGAGACCAGACCAGCUGGGACCAUCAUAACUACUGUCCUCCAGCUGGGACCAUCAGAACUACUGUCCUCCAGCUGGGACCAUCAGAACUACUCUCCUCCAGCUGGGACCAGACCAGCUGAGACCAUCAGAA